CGGCGACGCCUCACCUAGCACAGCGCGUGCGCGAGCCCAGGGGGCGGAGCUUCCUCGGCAAGAUGGCGGCCAGCGGUUUGCGGCAGGCUGGUGCUGCGGCCAGCACCUCGGUGAAGCCAAUUUUCAGUCGCGACCUGAACGAGGCCAAGCGGAGAGUGCGCGAGCUCUACCGCGCUUGGUAUCGGGAGGUGCCGAACACUGUGCAGUUAUUCCAGUUGGACAUCACUGUGAAACAGGGACGGGAUAAAGUCCGAGAAAUGUUCAUGAAGAAUGCUCACGUCACAGACCCCAGAGUAGUUGAUCUCCUGGUCAUUAAGGGGAAAAUGGAGCUCCAGGAAACCAUCAAAGUGUGGAAACAGCGGACACACAUUAUGCGGUUUUUCCAUGAAACAGAAACACCAAGGCCAAAGGACUUCCUGUCCAAGUUCUAUAUUGGCCAUGACCCAUAAGGUGCAUGUUAAUAUUUAACUAUUUUAGAGUAUAAAUAAACUCAUUAUUUGAUGGUUGUUUUGUGAUAAACUUGCACUAGUAAACCCA